AUGGAUCCAUGGAAGAAUUGGACAAGAUGCUUUCUCCUUUGGGCAUUCUGCUGCUACUGCCUCUUCUUCCUCACUAUUGCAAAUCCUUUGCUCUCGAAGCAAGCAGACACUCUACAUAAUCACUCCUGCAGCCUCAGCAAACACCACUUCCAGAGAAUCACCAUCAAGAACCUGACCUAUAGCUUAGCCAAACAGGCAAGACUUCAUGAUGAGGACACAGAUAACAGGUUUGUGGGACAGCAUCUAUACACCAACAUCACGAGAAAUGAACAUUGCUACUUAAUGAAAAGAGUAACAGAUAUUGUAGUCACACGUGUCCUCUAUAAACCGAAGAAGCAAUAUACUGGUCUCCAGGAAGUGGCAUAUUUCUUUGUGCAUCUGAAUGCAAAACUGCGUGGCUGUAAACCACUGGGAGAUAAAACAUACAUAGAAGGAAAUUUGAAAAUAAUGAAAGACAAAUUGGAACAGUUGGGAGAGAAUGGAAUGAACAAAGUGCUUGGUGAACUUGAUUUGCUGUUUGACUAUUUGGAGAAUGCAUGCACUUCAAAGAAAGCAAGUGAUGGCCACCAGAGCAACACGAAGAACUGA